AUGUUGGAGACCACAUUUGCAUCCCAGGAGAAACUCAACAAAGCCCAUGUCACUCCACAGCAGAAAGCCUUCACAUCUGAAUCACCCCAGCGACAUCAGUCACUCCCACGACCCAUAAAAAGUGUGCAGCGCUCAAUGUCAGAUCCAAAACCUCUCAGCCCUACAUUGGAGGAUCCUGCCAAGAACAGGUUUUCUCCAUAUCAUCAGCAAGCGUUGUCCAACAGUCAGAUGGCUGCCCUGCAGCAGCAGCAAAAUUCACUUAUGAGGAAAGUAAAGAGAACACUCCCCAGCCCCCCUCCAGAGGAAAGUCCUCUGCCUAUUGUCACGCCAGCUCAAAUGUACAGUUCCCCUGGCAUAUCCCAGAGAGUACUACCACGUUCUACCCAGGGAGUUACUAAAGCUGGGCUACUAAACGAGCUUAAAGCAGUAGAGCAAGAGUCAUCAAAGUUACGCAAACAACAGGCUGAACUUGAAGAAGAAGAAAAAGAAAUAGAUGCUAAACUCCGCUGUUUGGAGCUUGGAAUAACGCAGCGCAAAGAAACAAUGGUAAAGGACAGGGAAAGAAGAGAAUUGGCUUAUCUGCGCUGUAUGGGCGAUGCCCGUGACUACAUGUCAGACAGUGAGCUCAAUAACCUAAGUCGUCAGUUCAGCCACCCGUUUCUGCCUAUGGGUUCCAAACUCAUCCUUAUCCAACCUCAGCUCCCCAACCUGGAACAUUUCAACCCCAUCCUCCAACUGGACCACCAUACCAAAAUCAGCCAAGUUAUUCCUCCCGUGCCUAUGGUCAGUCUUCCUAUCAGACAGAUCUUGGUAUGCAGCAUAGCCACCAGGGCUUCCAUCCUUCUGGUCAACCCAUGCCUAGUCAAAGCCUACCAUAUCCAGGUAGUUCCUUCCAACCUGGUCACCCUUACCAACAACAAGCUGACAUCCUUACUGUUCAUCAACGACCCCGACAGACAUCCUUGGCUGAUCUCGAACAAAAACACCCAACAAACUAUGAAGUGA